AUGGCACUAAAUGAGGAGGUAGCAGAGGAGAUUUCUGCCGUAGAUGCCAUCUACCCUGGGAAUCUCAGCAGGUUAAGCGAGAAUAGAGUACUUAUUAGGAUUCCUAACUAUGAAGAGAUCGCCAUACAAAUAUCAUUUCCCUCUAACUAUCCUGCGGAAGAGCCGCCCCACAUCCUGGAGAUAUCGAUCAGCCACGAGAAAGUUCAAAGAUACGAGCGGAGUGAUUUGCAGCCAGUUUGCGAGGAGCUGAUGGCAUCCGUUUACUCCAAAGGCUUUGUAUGCCUUUUCGAUUUUAUCAGCGAGCUGAGCAAUGUGCUGUACGAGAGAUUUGGCGCGCAGGACGACGACACAGAAGACGAUGAACUGGCGGAGAGGAUGGGACACCUGAACUUGGAUCCCUUUGACGGAUGGAUCGCUAGCGAUCCAAUUACGGAUCGGAGCUCCACCUUUAUCGCAUACGCGGCGCACGUGAACUCCGAAGAAGACGCCUGUCUCAGGAUAGAUCAACUGAAGACCGACAACAAGAUCUCAAAAUGCGCGCAUUUAAUGACAGCAUGGCGUAUACACGGGGAGAACGGAGUAGCGUACAAAGACUGCGAUGAUGAUGGCGAGGCAGCAGCCGGCAGCAGAAUGCUACACCUACUGAAUACCAUGGACGCAUGGGAUGUCGUCGUGGCAGUAGCGCGAUGGUUUGGCGGCGUACAUAUUGGCCCGGACCGCUUCAAGCACAUUAACUCAUGCACGCGUGACGCAUUGAUCAAGGGGGAUUUUGUGUCCCAAGCGAAGGCAGGGUCGGCUUCGAAGAAGACCAAGAAAUAA